GAGGAGGCCGCGGAGGGCGCCCCACCCCGGCCCGGCCCCGCCGGGCCCCGCCCGCCGGUCACUUAGCUUUCGUUUCCCCGGUGGCGGGGGCGGGACCGGACAAGCCCAUGGCCUCGGCCCUCCGCCCGCGCUCCCCACUUUCGCUCGGGCGCCUCCCGGGGCCGCGUCGCAGGGCCUGCGCUCGGGCCAUGGCGCCGCCGCGACGCUUGGCGCUGGAGCUGCCGGGCUGCGCGCUGGCUCACUUGGCCGUCGGCGGCGACGCCCCCGACGCGCUCCCCGACCCCCGCGUGGCCGCGCUGCUGGGCCCGCCCGGCCGCAGCUACUCGCUGUGCGUGCCGCUGGCGCCGGGCGGGGACUGCGCGGCCCGGGUGAGGGCGGCGCGGCUGCACCAGCGCCUGCUGCACCAGCUGCGCCGCGACCCCCUCCGGCGGUGCCAGCUGCGCCGGCUGCUGUGCUACGGCCCCGGCGGCGGGGCGGGCGGCGUGGAGCACGGCUUCCUGCUCCACGACCCCGGCGACAGCCCGGACACCCGGCGCGCGCUGUUCUCCCUGCUCGGCGAGUCCCCGGAGGGCCCGCGUCUGGGCGAGUUCGUGGGCGACGCGCAGCAGCAGGUGUGGCAGCACCUGUGGGAGCUGCGGGACGGCGCGGGCUGGGAGCAGGUGGGCCCCCGCGAGCGCGUCGUGGCCGCCCCGGAGCCCGCCCUGCACCCGGUGGUGCCCGACCUGCCCAGCUCCGGGGUCUUCCCGCACCGGGAGGCCGCCCGCGCCGUUUUGGAGGCGUGUAUACCCUUCAUUCCUGAAGCCCGAGCCGUGCUUGACCUGGUUGACCAGUGCCUGGAGCCAGUCCAGAAAGGGGAGUUCCCGGUCAUUGCCAUCGAAGGCCUGGAUGCCACAGGUAGUAUUACCUGCAAAACCACUGUGACCCAGUCAGUUUCAGACUCACUCAAGGCUGUGCUCUUAAAGUCACCACCUGCUUGCAUCAGCCAGUGGAGGAAAAUCUUUGAUGAUGAACCUACUAUUAUUAGAAGAGCUUUUUACUCUUUGGGCAAUUACAUUGUGGCUUCUGAGAUAGCUAAAGAAUCUGCCAGAUCUCCUGUGAUUGUAGACAGGUACUGGCACAGCACGGCCACCUACGCCAUAGCCACCGAGGUGACCGGGGGGCUCCAGCAUCUGCCCCCGGCCCAUCAUCCCAUCUACCAGUGGCCCAGGGACCUGCUCAAGCCCGACCUGGUCCUGCUGCUCACAGUGAGUCCCGAGGAGAGGAUGCAUCGGAUCGAGGGCCGGGGCAUGGAGAGGACCAGAGAGGAAGCUGAGCUGGAGGCCAACAGCAUAUUCCGUCAGAAUAAUAGAAUGUUUGACUUGACCCAUGGCUGCCAAGAAUCACGAGUACAUUUCCAGAGCUUCCGUAUGAGCUGUCUGAAGGAGGGGUCUGCUGCCUCAGGAUCCAGUACCCAUCAGAAGAAGCCCAGUGUUUGCGCCCCACAAGCCAUCCAGCGGCUGGAAUCCAGGCAAAGGCGAAAGCAUGACCACUUCCCCAACCCAGUGUCACUUCUGCUCCAGGCACUUCUGUGUCCAGACUCAGAGUUCCUAGUAGUGAUGGUCACUGGCUCUGACUCUGACUGCAGCGGGGAACUGAGCAACCGUCCAGACCACCUUCUCUUAUCCCAGCCCCCAGACUCACCAAAACUCCUCCCUCUUUUCACCAUUACUAGACAAACUCCCCUUUGCACCCAGUGGUGUUGCAUUGUCUACACUGACAGCAUGCUGGGGGGUGGAGGGUGGGCGAGGGCUGUGCCUACGGAGAACUCUAGUGUACAAAGUCAAAAAAUGGAGAGUCCUCUGAGUUCCUUGAAUAGGAAAAAAUUGUUUUCUGAACCAUCAGAAAGCCCAGGAGGGCAAGUUUACUUACGGAGCAACGGGGCUACUCGUGAUCGGUAGUCUACCAAGAAGUCCUGGGUAUUGGGUUGAUGUAUAGCUGAGAACUCCACCCCUGGGAGGGAACCGGGUUAAGGGGCAUUUGGAGAAUAGGCUAAGUCUGGCCCUGGAAGCUUUCAGACAACAUCAACGACACCACAAGUCACCAGAUACUACAGGAGGGGGCUCCGUAUGCGUUCACAGCGAUCCCUGUAAAACCACAGCGUAGAUACGGUUAUCUUCUUACGGAGCUGGUAACGAUGCAUCUCCAAGAGGCAAUUCAUCGAAACACACACAGAGACUGUAAAGGGUGUCAGUUGUCAACACAACUUUAACCCAGUUCAGGCAGAUUAUGAAGCUGUGGCUUGCGUCACACCGUCGCGUGCUGGGAACACGUCCGGUCAUCCCGAUCCCUUUCCCGGUCCAGGUCAUCUUUCCCAAGGACCCCGCAGCCUGUCUCCAGGAAGAACAAGACUCAGAUAUUUCAGCUCUUCUCAGAACGCAAUUAUUAAUUCCUCUUCCUUUUCUCUUAACAUCGGAUCUCAUCUUGAAUCUUAUUUCCGGAUAUUCCCAGCUUUGGGUUUGAGCUUUAUCCCUUCCUCCAACUCUUUUUCCCAAGAACACAUUUCCCUUUCCUGAUCUGAUGCUCUACAGUCCCCCUGCAUGAAAGCUCUGCGUUUACCCUGAGGCCUCGGGGCUCCUCCUGACCCAGCUCUGGGUGCUGGGACUUGCCUGUCACAGGACAUCCUGACCUCCAGCCCCUCCUGCACGAUCUUCAGUGGAGGAUCCUGCUGUCUCAAGAGUCAGGUGGGGGCAAGGUGGGAUUCUUUCAAGAGGCACCCAGAGGACAGACCCAGGGCUGGGAGGCAGCGGGGCCGUGCAGCUCUCAUGGAGUCAGAUGAGAGGAGGGUAGGCACAUCAGUGCGUUCCCAGGUGGCGAUCGGAAGGUCUUUGGAAAUGGAAGUGGAAAUGGAAAAGAGCCUGAGACAUCUGGGCUUGUGGUUUCUAUCUUUAUCUGUUGCCAGACUCCUGUGUAUCCUAGUCAGAGGCUGUGUGAUGACCUUGCCCUGCCCUGGUGGGCUUACUGCCCCAGCAUACCCUGUGAUGUUAUAAAUGACUCACGUCAAAUCUGACCUCUUAGGUGCUGACUUCCAGCUUUUGUAAUUUGCCUAGUAGAAGCAGAGAAGUGCAGCUAUUUCAGAAGAUGCCAAUAAAGUUGCUCUUGGAUUGAAAGAACCACCGGCCCUCUUGAUUUACAUCAGUGCACGAAGUUGUUCGUCAAAUGUGCUUGGAGGUUCUCCUCUUGAAAUUCCCAGCUGUAAAUGAGACAGGCAUAUUUGCCUCGGGAGGACCUGCUUCCAUACGCCUGUUCUGAUAAUUGGUAUAAUAAAAUCAAUAUGGUGGCGACUAAUGGCCUGCCAUCAGUGAGGCAGGCACAGUAUGGCCUUUUGUGUUCACCUUGGCGUAUGCUGGAUCAGAGGACCUUAGAUGAGUAGGUAGAGGUAGUCUGAAACCAGUUUGUAAGUGACUGAUAGACUGUUAUUUAAGAACAGUACAGGGUUUUCAUUGCUUUAUAUUCACAGGAAAUUUGUAAUUUUAGGGAAUAUGGUAUCUGUGUAGUUGUAAUUGUGGCACACACAAAGCUGAGUAAAAAUCGAGCUUUUUGAUCUUGCCCUCAGAUGAUUAGGAAGGGGAUCAUUCUUGAAUCUUGUUUGAUGUUGAAGCAACAUAAAUAUCAUAAUAUUUAUUAACAAGUGUGUGUCAACAAUGGAACUUUAUACACAGCUACGAGUAAAUACAUUCAUCGCUAGACAGGUCCCUCUCCUGACCUCUUUUUUGACCUCAUGGUAUCUAUUGCACAUUUUUAUAAACUGGAGCAUCCAUGCCUGGGCCUCAGAGGGACUGUAAACCACUGGAAAUUAUAUAUAAAUUUUG